UUUUAUAAAGCCUAAACUGAUCCGCUUCUUCUUCUUCUCUUCUCUGAUAUUUUCAUUUCCUUCUUCUCCUCAAAAGAUCAGAUCAAAACUUAAAGGUUUCUUAAUCUCGACGAAGAUGGCGACGCAGAAGGCUAAGGACAUCGUUAACAGCGACUCAGUCGUUGUUUUCAGCAAGACGUUUUGUCCUUACUGCGUGAGGGUCAAGGAGCUUUUGCAACAAUUGGGAGCUAAGUUCAAGGCCGUUGAGCUCGACACCGAGAGUGAUGGUAGCCAAAUUCAAUCAGCUCUUGGAGAAUGGACUGGACAACGCACUGUGCCUAAUGUGUUUAUUGGAGGAAAUCACAUCGGUGGCUGCGAUGCAACAUCAAACUUGCAUAAAGAUGGGAAGUUGGUUCCUCUGCUAACUGAAGCUGGAGCUAUCGCUGGAAAGACUGCAACAACUUCUGCUUAAGAAGCACAUCCAUUUGUGAUUGCUUCAUCAGUAAUAAAAUGGUUUGAGUCGGGCAAUAAGUACUUGUUUCGUUGUCAAGUUAAUAAGUAUUCUGAAAUGUUUUAAGAUUGUGGUAAUGUCGAAGUCGGUUUUGAACUUCUGAUGCAUUAUGUUAUCAUCUUCUGGAUUUGCGUUUGGUAACAUUUUGUUAUUAAAUAGAAACUCGAGUUUAGGCUCUCAGGUUAAAUCAA